UAUCGCGUGAACAAAUGCAAAGUGCGUUGAUUUGCAAAUGUCAAAAUUGGUCAAAAUCAUCGAUACGCUGAGAACAUCGCCUACUCGAUCUAAUUUACUUUUUAAUUUAGAAACAGAACGCUUGUCUUUUUUGAUCGUCGCAUAUUCUAUUCAGGUUCUUUCAAGUUCCCUUCCCUGUUAUUAAUAAUUCUCUUGUUAAAAUUCUUCGUCCUAAACAGAGUAAGUUUUUGCAGCAGAAGUGAGUCCAAUCUUAGCUAUGGAUAUUCUGAGGUGCAACAUCGCUUCAGUCACGCAUCUUCAACGGGGGAUCCUCCGUUAGCAGCAGCGGAAAGAUGUUGAAUGACCUGUCAACAUAUUUGCCGUACUGACAACACCCCCAGGAGCAAAGCUGUCCAUGUCGAUGGGAAGAGGAAAGAGCGUCUAAAAUGACACCCCUUCGUUCCACGCUCAUUAGGGCAAAUUCCUCGCUGCUCGAGUAAAGUUUCGUGCGAAACGAAUACGCUUCCGGCCCAUCCGACUAACAUCACGAGGUGUCCAAGAAGCCGGGCUCACUUUUGGUUACAACUAAAAAUAAUACGAUAUUGCCGAAGUAUCGAAAAGCGGAGAAUAGUGCAAUAUCAUCUCCCUUUUUCCUUCUAUUGCGUACUGCGAAAAUAGAAGAGAGGAGAGAAUCUCGUUCGACUAACAACGGUAUACACCGCCAGCUGCGGCCACAUGGCAUUCUUUCUGUGAUCUUACUCUAAGAGCUCGUUAAUACGAUCCUCUCGGAUGUUGCCAACGCUCAGUUAAUAUUAGUUUCGAGUAUGUUUUCUCAACGUAUGAGUGUUCUUUCAAACGGGGAGGAAACAUCACGUCGAUUCACGUUUCAAAGAAGAGUGAAAGAUAACUGGAACAUCUUUGCGUACCAUUUCCUUUUUCCGAAAAAAAAGUUAACUGUAUUAUAGAGGUAUUAUGAGUACAUAUCUCAAUUAAUAAAGGAAACAAUGAUCUUUUAUUGAUCUUAAAAAGUGACUUCUUAAUUUUGCUUGGCAAUAAAUUGCUAUAAUUUGCUCGUAAGGAAUCAUGCUCGAUAAAUCUUCCAACUUCAUGUAAAAUGACCCUCUGUGUCUGUUUGGCCGGGUAAGACUGAUACGCGGGGGCUGUAAUUAAACAAAUCGUUCCCGUUUAACGAAGAUCCUCCGCUUUUUCUCGAGAUGAUACAAGUUGACGGUAAUAAGAGCAGCAAGAUGGAAGCUGGCCUCGAUUGGCUCUUGGUCCAGGACGGUGGCGGAGUUUCUUCGCGUUUCGAGCCAAUCCAAACGUGUUUCUUCUCUCUAAAAAUACAUUUUGAAUCGGUAGGAGGAGACGGAGAUACACCUCCUUUAACGAAAGGAAAAGAUUCCUCUGUGUAUAUAACUCAUUCAACGGUGAACACCGACUGUUUCGUGCCGUACCCUUACAGGAAACUGGAAAGGAGGGAACGAUUAGAUGAGUGUUCCGCGAGUUAUUCGGUCUAUGUAUCGAAAUGUUUCGUCAACAUUACCAUAAUAGUUAAUUAGUGAAACUGUAAACGAGAUACCGCUGAUCGAAAGAAAGAUAAAAUGAAGACCGAAAACGGCAGCUCGAGCCAAGUGAAUUCUGGAAUCGAGCAACGUCUGCGGAGUCCAAAGUGUGCGAGAUGCAGGAACCACGGUGUGAUUUCCGGUUUGAAAGGUCACAAGAGGUCCUGUGCAUGGAAGGACUGCCGUUGUCCUUGUUGUUUGUUAGUGGUUGAAAGACAACGGGUGAUGGCAGCUCAAGUUGCCUUAAGAAGGCAACAACAAGCUCAUAGUAAUUAUUUCGGUGAUAAUGUCUCGACGGUUUGUCACACACCUAUGGAUGCAGCCAAUUCAUCGUAUUUGAUUAAAAACGAUCAACCUGUGUGCAGAAGAACGAAGAACUUCCAGCGUCAUCAGUUACACUUCACUCAAACCAGCAUCAGCGUGACCCAAGGAUUUUAUGGAUUAAAGACCAUACAUGGUUUACCUGCAGCAUUUACCGCAGAUCCUCCGUUACUGAAUGGUUUGUCGCAUAAUCAAGAAUAUAAUCAAGAGCCUGAAAGUUCAAAAAAACUGCAGUCUUUCCCUUCGAUGUAUUCCACGAUACCGUGGUUCGAACACGUCGCUGAACCUCGUAAAAUGAAAAAAAAUUUCAACAAUUUUGCUCCCACUGUGACGGAACAUGAUGAUAUUUCUGCAUCCAAAAAUGCAUCUUGCAUGGAAAAGAAAUCGACGAUUUCUUUUAGCGUGGAAUCUAUCAUUGGAACGAAGUGAUAUGAAACGAAUGAUUUCUUUUUUUUUUUCUUUUUUACGUGAUUGCAUUUCAUUAUUAUUGUAAAUAGGAUUAAUUCUUAUGGUUUGUUUAAACUUAUAGAAUAAAAGUAUUAAGUAUAAGACGCAAAAGAACCUUUCAACGGCAUAAAAUAUUAAACAAACAACAGAUGUAUAGAUCGUAUUUUAUAAUUAAACAUUAACAAAAUACA